AUGCCUCACCUCGUGGACGAGUCGUUGAAGACGGGAAUGAAGGAGCAGCUCUGUGCGCAGGCCGUCGAGGCGCUCAAUCACUUCAUCCGCACGUUUCACAUUGUGGCCAGCACGGAAAUCGCUCGCAAUCGACUCAAGAGCUCUCUGGAUAUGAUGGCACGAUCGCGAAUUCGGAAAGAGAUUGAGGUUCUUCACGACCAGUGUCAGGGCUUUCGAGUGCGGACGUCCGAGUUGCUGAGAUAUUGUGGAUGCCAAGUCAAGCGCACGGUGCAGAUCCAGCUGACAACUCCAAGCCAAUCCGUCAUCAAGCGCGUUGUAAUUCUGCCCAUUGUACCACCUGUUCCAACUGCUACCAUGUGGACGGCUCUGGCCAAGAACUACGGCGUGGAGGACGAACCUACGCGCAGAUGUCUGCCCUGCGUUGGUGACAACGGUACCAGCGACGUUGUGUCGGAGCUCGAUCAAUUCAAGCAGCAAAGAUCAAGUGCAUGCGAGGUGGAGUUUACGAUGGAAAUGUGUGAAUAUGUACUAAGGACACUUCGAUCGACGUGGGACCUUACCCCGAGCGACCUCACGCGCGUCGCAAGUGUCAUCAUGGUGGAAGAAGAGGUGCUGGUUGAAGUCUACACAAAUCUGUGCUCGACACGGAGCGCAGUAAAGAAACGACGCCGAAUGGAAACACCGGUUGCGUCCGGUAAACGGAGCAGAAGGACAUCUGCGGCCCAGGCAAAGGAUGACGCGUUCGAUCGCGCUGAUCGGACCAUCUCGAUGAAGGAAUACUUUCAGCUGUACGAGAAAGCAGCCGAUUCGUACCGGAGUCUUUUUUGUCGUCGGUGCUUUGUGUACGACUGUGAUUAUCAUGGAUGCAUGAAGCAACCCAACCUGAGUAUCUUGGAGCAAAACGCCGUCGCACUGAAUGUGAAGGAGAAGGGGGUGAUGAUUAACACAGGCCGGAACUGUGGGAAUGGAUGUUUUCUUGGCCAAGUGAGUGUUUCAAGCUGCAAUGAAUUUGUCAAGGCCCAAGUUCGCUCUACCGGUUUCGCGCGGAGUGAACGUACAAGCGUUCUUUGUGCACGCGCUUACAUGAUAUACUCAGGCAACUUUUGCCAAAUGGCGAAGAUGGUUGGCAACACGACUUGCAUCGAAGUCGCUGAAAUGUGUGCUAACGACAACAUCAAUGGCAGCACUUUGCCGAAAGAUGUACAGGCUCGUUCUUCGUCAAAAAGUCGAUGCUCGCGGAAGGCGAAAAGAAUGCGGAAGUUAGUCGUUCAUGCACAAAACUCUCAAAACGGCGUCGGGGACACCGUCCGAAUGAAAAUCGAGCCAUGCUCCCAUCUUGGUCCGUGUCAGAAGAGCGUUUGCUCCUGCGUCAACAGUGGCAUAUCUUGCUCAAAGCAUUGCCAUUGCAUCCAUGACGAGUGCAAGAUCUUCUUUUCAGGGUGUCGGUGCCAGCAUGGUCGUUGCCGUACGGAGACGUGUCCCUGCUUCCGUGCUGGUCGCGAGUGCGAUAUCGACUUCUGUAAGGUGUGCUCUGCAGACGAGAUUGCUGCCCGGGAAAAGGGUGAGCCGUAUGACGUCAGCUUAGGCAAGGCGCAGAAGGACGACACGUGCGAGACAAGAUGCCGCAACCGCAGCAUUGCACUCGGUGAACAGAAGCUGGUGCGAAUGGGCCGGUCAAAGCUCGGCGUUGCUGAGUGGGGGCUGUUCGUAGACGAGUUUGUCGCUGAGGACGAAUUUAUCAUCGAGUUCAUUGGUGAGAUGGUAUCACAGGAAGAAGCUGAUCAGCGUCGCGUCGUCUACGGCAAAGAUGGCUCCAGGUAUCUGAUCGAACUUGAUACCAAAAUUGUGGUCGACUCGACGCGAAAGGGAAACAAGGCCCGAUUGGUCAAUCAUUCUUCAGCGAGCCCGAACUGCGUGUGCAAGAUCAUGAACGUGGGAAGCGAUUUCCGGAUUGGUUUGUAUGCACUUCACGAUAUGCAGCCACAAACAGAGCUCUUUUUCGAUCAUGGUUACAGCGAGGGAUCGCACAAUGAUGAGAUGUCAAGCGACCGCCCGCCACCGAGUGGAAUAAAAUUGUAG